AUGAAAACUCCAAACGGUGAAGUAUUACAACAAACACAACGAGCACUUGAGCUCAUUGGAAAGAAAGAUUUGAAUGAUGAUGAGAAAAAGCAAUUAAUUGAUGACACAGUUAAAAAUUUUACUGAUUAUGUUAAUCCUGGAUUUUUAUCAUAUAGAAAAUCAUUUUCACCGGAUUAUGCAGCUGUAGAAUGGUCUGAUAGCGGCAAUACAUUUACGUGUGUAAAAGGUCUUGAAUACAUCGAUUGUCUUGGUGGUUAUGGAAUAUACAAUUGUGGACAUAGACAUCCAAAAAUAAUGGAAGCAGUUAUAAAUCAAUUGAAUCGACAAGCAUUACAUAGUCAAGAACUUCUUGAUCCGUUAAGAGGUUACUUGGCUAAAAUUCUCGCGGAUUUAACACCUGGAUCAUUGAAAUACGCAUUUUUUACUAACAGUGGAACAGAAUCAGUUGAAGGAGCAAUGAAAAUUGCCAUGUUAGCCACACAGAGGCGCACAUUCAUCGCAGCAUGCGGAGGUUUUCAUGGUAAAAGUUUAGGCUCGUUAUCUGCGACAUCAAAAGCAGCUUUUCGAAAACCGUUUUUAUCUUCACUGCAUAAUGUACGACAUGUGCCAUUCAAUGAUAUAGAUGUAUUAGAGAAAACACUGUGGGCAUGUCAGUUCACGGGUGAUGAUGUCGCUGCUGUUUUAUUGGAACCAAUACUAGGGGAAGGUGGAAUCAUUGUUCCAAGUGAUGACUAUUUUCCUGCUGUUAGACGUUUAUGUACGAAAUAUGGUGCUUUAUUAAUCGUAGACGAGGUCCAAACAGGGAUGGGUCGAACUGGAAAGAUGUUUUGCAUUGAGCAUUGGGGUGUAGAACCAGAUUUAUUGUGCUUGGGAAAGGCUUUCGGAGGUGGUAUUUUACCCGCUGGUUGUUUCAUUGGCACGGAAAAAUUGUGGCAACAUUUAUUCGCUAAUCCAUUUCUACAUACAACAACGUUUGGUGGUAAUCCAUUAGCAUGUGCUGCAGCCAUUGCAACGAUCAAUGUUAUUUUGGAAGAAAAAUUGAUCGAUCGAGCACGAAUCAUGGGCGAUCUGUUAUUAUCCAAACUGAAAGCAGUAAUAAAACCGUAUCAACCAGAUUUAGCGGUCGAUGCACGAGGCAAAGGCUUAAUGUUAGCAUUGGAAUUUAUUGAUUCAGACACUGGAUUUAAAGUAGCCAAAGGAUUAUUUAAAGAAAAGAUUCUAGUUGCUGGUACACUUCAAAAUGCAAAGACAUUUCGUAUUGAACCGCCAUUGACAAUAAAAAUGGAUGAAAUUGAAAAGGUUAUCAGUGCUUUGGAAAGAGUUUUGAAGGACGUAAGCAUUGAAAUGAAGCAAAAGCCCGUUCCAUCAUUACCAGUAGUACCAUCAACAAUCCCAUCAAUAAUGGAAAGCUCAAAACCAGCAUUGGAGGGGAAACUAUCAAAUAUGACCAUUCAAUUUAAUGUACUAUCCAGACAAUUGUAA